ACGCAAAGAUUAGACUUAUUGAAAAGAAGAACAUUCCGAUAACACUUACUAGAGUUUGAGUUUAGACCAUACCGAAGUCUCUAUCGCUAUUAUCGUCAGUUCCAAAAACCCUAAAUUUCUCAAUUCAAAAUCAAUCUAUUUGCAUGAUAUACAUCAAAUUCGCAGCAACUACAUUAAAUCUGACAAAAUGGGCGCAAGUCGAAAGUUACAGGGUGAGAUCGAUCGUGUUUUGAAGAAGGUUCAAGAAGGUGUUGAUGUUUUCGACAGCAUCUGGAACAAGGUAUACGAUACUGAUAAUGCGAAUCAGAAAGAGAAGUUUGAAGCUGAUUUGAAGAAGGAAAUUAAGAAAUUGCAGAGAUAUAGAGACCAAAUUAAGACAUGGAUUCAGUCCAGUGAAAUUAAGGACAAAAAGGUUAGUGCAUCUUAUGAGCAGGCUUUGGUGGAUGCCCGUAAGCUUAUUGAACGUGAAAUGGAAAGGUUCAAAAUUUGUGAGAAGGAGACCAAGACAAAAGCAUUUUCAAAAGAAGGCCUUGGGCAACAACCAAAAACUGACCCCAAAGAGAAGGCAAAAUCAGAGACAAGAGAUUGGUUGAACAAUGUGGUAGGGGAGUUAGAGUCCCAAAUUGAUAAUUUUGAGGCCGAAAUGGAGGGCUUAUCAGUUAAGAAAGGAAAGACAAGACCUCCUAGACUGACACACUUGGAAACUUCUAUAUCUCGUCACAAGGCUCAUAUAAUGAAAUUGGAAUUGAUAUUGAGACUAUUAGAUAAUGAUGAGUUAAGUCCUGAACAUGUGAAUGAUGUCAAGGACUUUCUUGAAGAUUAUGUGGAACGCAAUCAGGAAGAUUUUGAUGAAUUUAGUGAUGUUGAUGAGUUCUAUAGUGCCUUACCAUUGGACAAAGUGGAGGCUCUUGAAGAUCUUGUGACCAUGGGUCAACCCGGACUUGCUAAGGGCGUGAAGUCACAGGGUGGUGGCACUACUACCUCAGUUCUAAGUCUUAAGUCAUCAUCAAAUACAUCAUCCUCUUUGGCAUCGGUCACAGUUCCAUCCUCUCAACUAAGUGCUCCUAUUCUGGAGCUGGAUGAAACAAAUUCUCAGGACAGUAAUGCUGAAACUGUUCCAAAGACUCCACCUUCUAAGAUUAGCGUACUUAGUUCCUCCAAUCCACCUACUAGUCAGGCAGCUACAGCAAACACUUCUGCUCAUCUAUCUGCCAGUCCAAGUGCUUCAGCUUCUGUUCCGGGGACAGUCUCCAGUCGAGGAAUUCUGGACAGUGCCAAUCCUUCUCUGAAUAUCCCAAAUGUUUCCAAAGAAGAGGACACAUUGGACUUUCCUGGACGGAGAUCGUCACCUGCUCUCUUAGAUACUGCAGCACUUAAUCGUGGAACUGGUAGGGGCAGCAUAUCUGGCCAACCUGUUGCUAGCGUACCUCUUAGUUCUGUUAGUACAGUCCCUAGCAGUGGCAUGACGCUUGGUGCUGUUCCUUUGGCAUCUGAAGUAGCAAAGAGAAAUAUUUUUGGAUCAGAUGAAAUGCUUUCAAGUGGUGUUCCUGGCAGAGCAUUCUCGUCUUCUGUGGGUCCUGGAAUGCAGUGGAGGCCUGGAGGCCCUUUUCAGAGUCAGACUGAAGUGGGACAGUAUCGUGGAAGAGCUGAAAUUGUUCCUGAUCAAAAAGAGAAGUAUGUGCAGAGAUUACAGCAACAGCAACAAGGUCACAGUAAUAUUCUCGGGAUGCCAAGACUCGUGAGUGGGAAUUCCAAACCAUUCUCGGGGCAGCAGCAAAAUCAACUUCUGCAACAGUUAAAUUCUCAAAGUUCAUCGAUUUCCUCUCAAGUCGGUCUUGGGCUAGGAUUGCAAUCUUCUAGUCUAAGCACUACGUCAUCUGCACCUGUACAGCAUCAACCAAUUUCUAUCCAACAACAGGCUCUACUUGCUGCAAAAGAAUCAUCGAUUGAGGAUCAGCAACAUCAAAACUUGCCUGAGGACUCAACUGUUGAAAUGGCUCCUAGUUCUGGACUUUCUAAAAAUUUGAUGAAUGAUGAUGAUCUCAAAUCUCCUUAUGUGAAGGAUACUGGAGGUGCAUCUGGUGCGCUAGCAGAAUCUGCUCAACUAACAAGAGAUACAGAUCUGUCUCCUGGCCAACCUUUGCAAACAAGUCAAUCAUCUGGUAGCCUCGGAGUUAUAGGUCGGAGAAGUGUCUCAGACCUUGGGGCAAUUGGUGAUAGCAUUGGCGGAACAGCCAACUCUGGUGGAGGGCAUGAUCAUUAUUACACUAUGCAGAUGCUGGAGGCUGCAUAUUUUAAACUUCCUCAGCCUAAAGACUCAGAACGAGCAAGGACUUAUACACCGAGGCACCCUGCAGUUACUCCUUCGAGCUUUCCGCAAACUCAGGCACCAAUUGUCAACAAUCCUGCUUUCUGGGAACGAAUGGCUCUUGAUAAUAUUGGGACAGAUACCUUGUUCUUUGCAUUCUACUAUCAACCGAAUACAUAUCAACAAUAUUUGGCUGCAAGAGAGCUGAAAAAACAAUCAUGGAGAUUCCAUAGAAAAUUCCACACAUGGUUUCAGAGGCACGAAGAACCAAAGCUUGCCACUGAUGAAUGUGAAAAGGGAACCUAUGUCUACUUUGAUUUUCACAUUUCCAACGAUGAUCCAAAUCAAGGAUGGUGCCAGAGAAUCAAAGCAGACUUCACUUUUGAGUAUAGCUACUUAGAAGACGAUCUAGUUGUAUAAGAUGUUCAAACCAUCUCACACUAUAAAGUGCCCUUAUAAAAAUUUCUUUCAAUGUUAUGGUCGUCGAUUGUGAUUCAGAUGUUUUUGUCUGUCUAGUAUUGCAUGAUGAAUGUUCAAAUCUAUAAUGGCAAUGGCUUGAUGUCAAGUUUCUUUUCAA